GCCGCCGCCCGCCGCCCGUCGCCCGGCAUGCCGGCUGUAUGGACAGUGUGGCCGAGCAGCGGUUGACAGCCGCCAGCCUGCCCGCGCCGCACCUGGAGCACUACAGCGUCCUGCAUUGCACCAUGACCUUGGAUGUGCAGACGGUGGUCGUCUUCUCCGUCAUCGUGCUGCUGCUGCUCGUGAACGUCAUCCUCAUGUUCUUCCUGGGCACCCGCUGA